UCUAAACCUUUAAAGGACUAUUGUUUUCCCUCGACUCUUGCAGAGGUCUGGUAGUGCAAUUUCUCUCAGUUGCCUGAAAGCUUCCUAAUGGUGAAUCUAGUAAAUUGAAGCUCAGAUAGUGGAUUAUUUAUCAACAAGCUUCCGAAAUGAGUGCAGGUGGCGCCUUUGGUGGAAAUAGGGGACUGAGACCAGUACCUCCAGAGAAAGGAGUCUUCCCUUUGGAUCAUAUGCAUUUGUGUGACUUGGAAAAGAAAGAAUAUCUCAGCUGCCUUAAAUCUUAUGGCCAUCAAUCUGAUAAAUGCAGAAGCUUCUCAAAAAAGUACCUACAAUGUCGUAUGGAGAAGAAUUUGAUGGCAAAACAGGACAUGUCUGAACUUGGAUUUGGAAAGGAAGGUGACACAGAAGGGUCUGAAGAGAAAGCCACGAAGAGUAUUGAUGACCAGAGCUAACAAUUUUUCUGAAAAAAAACCAUAGAAAUGAUCUCCCCCCCAGUGUUUAUUCCAAAUGUAUCUUGAAUAUAAGUGAUGCAUUCUAUUAUGAAAUGACAUGAAAGAACACAAAAUGUAAUUUUGAGCCAUGUCUUGUGAAGAGGUAAAUAACUUUUA